CACCCCGCCACGCCGCGCAACCACACCACCACACAACCACACGGCCUCGGCCCCCACCACCAUCACCACAUCCACAAACCACUACAUCACCUCCGUCACCGCGGGCUGGCCUCAAGCUAGCCGCCUCCAGGAGCGCCACGGGAAUGUGGGGAAGGCGACGCCCCCAGCGUUCCACCGACCUGUGCCAGUGUGAGACCCGCUAGUGCGAUCAGACGACGGCAGUGCCUGGGCCAGAGCACACGCCGUGAUGGCCCCUGACUCAAGAUUACUUACACCCUUCGUCACCAUCUCCUCUUCCUCCUCCUCUCCGCCUUCCCACUCGUCCCCCUCGUCCCCCUGCCCUCCUCAGCCGCCGCCGCCUUCUGCCCCUUCCUCCUUACCGCGUCCUUCUCCUCCUCCUCCCUCCCAUCCUCCGUCACCACGCACGUCCCGUCUCAUAGGAAGGGAAGGCCUGGUCAUAUUGGCCCCCUCCCCCCUCUCCUGCCCCUCCCCUACAACCUACACCUCCGCUAUCAAAUCCCAACCACAGUUACAACAAUCAAUAGCAACCACAGCCUCUUCCUCCUCCCCUUUACAAUCUUCGCCUCCCUCACCUCUCUCAUCUCCCUGCCCCAAGACUCCCUCACCCGCGAAAACCUCAUCGAAACUCCCUUCCUCCUCCUCCUCCUCGUCCUCGCCCUGCUCACCUCUCUCCUCUUCGUCCUCAUCCACAUCAUCAUCCCUUCCAUCCAGUUCCUCUAAAACAUCCACAUCUACGUCUUUUCCACCCUCGUUGUCCCAUUCCUCCUCCUCCUCCUCCUCUACCACCUCCUCUUCCUCCACCUCCUCCACCUCGCCGCCCGUGAGCAGCAGCGAGUCUUCCACCUCCACCUCCACCUUCAGCUCAACUACCUCACCCACCUCAUGUUCCUCCACCAGCGGCGAACUCAGCGUAGAACGACAAUCUCCCACUCGCGACUACCACCCUGUUCAACGAUGGUCGCUUUGGCCUCUCGUUCUUCUUAUCGUCUGUCUUCCAAAAGAGGCGGCGUGUGGGGAGCACGAACGACGGCUUCUGCACGACUUGCUUGACAAUUACAACCAGCUGGAGAGGCCUGUAGGCAACGAGAGUGAACCUGUGGUGGUCUCCUUUGGUAUAACACUCCAGCAGAUUAUAGACGUGGAUGAGAAGAAUCAGCUCCUAAUAACAAACACAUGGUUAAAAUUGGAAUGGAACGACGUUAACCUACGGUGGAACGAAAGUGAUUAUGGUGGAAUCAAGGAUCUUAGAAUUCCGCCUUAUAAGAUUUGGAAACCCGAUGUUUUGAUGUACAACAGCGCGGAUGAGGGUUUCGAUGGCACCUACCAGACCAAAGUGGUGGUUUCUUCCGACGGCACCUGCCUCUAUAUACCACCUGGCAUCUUCAAGUCCACCUGCAAAAUAGAUAUCACCUGGUUCCCCUUUGACGACCAAAGGUGCAAGAUGAAAUUUGGCUCAUGGACCUACUCUGGAUGGCAGCUGGAUCUUCAACUGCAGUCAGAGGAUGGCGGAGACCUUAGCGACUUUAUCAAGAAUGGCGAAUGGGACCUUAUUGGUUGUCCUGGGAAAAGAAACGCCAUAUACUACAAAUGUUGUCCUGAACCGUAUGUAGAUGUAACUUUCGAAAUAGUGAUUCGGAGGCGAACGUUAUAUUAUUUCUGCAACCUUAUUCUCCCAUGUGUGCUGAUUGCAUCAAUGGCUGUUCUUGGGUUUACGCUGCCCCCAGACUGCGGCGAGAAGCUGUCCCUAGGGGUUACCAUUCUCCUCUCACUGACAGUUUUCCACAAUUUGGUGACUGAGACGCUGCCCCAAGUAUCGGACGCGAUGCCUGUUCUAGGCACGUACUUUAACUGUAUUAUGUUCAUGGUGGCAUCGAGCGUCGUUAGUACAGUGCUCAUACUCAACUUUCACCAUCGGUCGGCGGAUACGCACGAGAUGUCGCCUAUGGUGAAAAGCGUGUUUCUCCAAUGGUUACCGUGGGUCCUGCGCAUUAACCGGCCGGGAGAGAAGAUUACGCGCAAGAGCAUCAUGUUGAACAACAAGAUGAGAGAGCUGGAGAUGAAGGAGAGGUCGUCCAAGUCGCUCCUGGCGAACGUGCUGGACAUCGACGACGACUUCCGUGCGCACACGCUGCCGCACACGCACACCACGAACAACACGGCGUUCAUACGCGUGCCUCACGGCGGCCACUCGGUGGACGACUCGCACCUCGUCCACACCUGCAUGUCCUCCUGCACCAGAGAGCUCAACCUCAUCCUCAAGGAGAUCAGGAUGAUCACAGACAAGAUGAGGAAAAAAGACGAAGACGAUGAGGUGGUGAACGACUGGAAGUUCGCAGCAAUGGUUGUGGACCGACUGUGUCUGCUGGUGUUCACGUUGUUCACGGUGAUUGCCACAGUCGCUGUGCUUCUCUCGGCCCCGCACAUUUAAUAACGUGGCUCCAUGUAUCCCGCAGGUGAGGAGCGACUGGAAGUUCGCGGCGAUGGUGGUGGACCGACUGUGUCUGAUCGUGUUCACGCUGUUCACAGUGACUGCCACAGUCGCUGUGCUUCUUUCGGCCCCGCACAUUAUCGUUCCCUAAUAAUUAAGCGGCCGGCAGACGUAAACGGGGGCGACGAUGUGGCCCCGCACACUGAAGCGGUGUACGCGGCCACGUCGCCGCCCCGGCCGGAAUUUUUGUGGUCCCGCUGCAUCAUUCCAGCCCCGUAGUCUCCGGCUGCCCCGCCCCGUCGGCCGCGAGGGCUCCACGUGGACCCUCGGCCACGAGAGGUUGGCGACCUUCCUUGUUCUGGUCACGAUGCUUCCAUAAGUGCCAAAGGGGCGGCCAGAGCCGCGCCCGGCUCACGGCGACUGUGUGUCACACCCUCGCUCAAGCCCACCCACGCCCUCUUGAUACCGCAGCGACCCGCCCACGCUGUCGGACCACCACCAUCACCCCGCCGCCGCCACCACGCGCCGCAGAAAGUGCGUAAAUAAGUGAACAACCAAGACACGCGGCCCGCAAGGGCGAGAGGCCGAGGCUCGCAGCUCGCAACAUGGACUUGCCGCAGCGACGUUGGACUGCUGCUCUGAUAAGCUGUCUGGCCUUGGCUGCAUGACGGGCCGCAGCGGCAGCAGCAGCAGCAGCACGGCGGGCCGUUGUGCUGCAGUGUGGCGGGCCACAGCUGUAGCAGCAGCAGCGAGGCACGUGUGGGUCGCCGCGCAGUGGUGCCCCGAGGCCGCCGUCGCCUCCUCUCGGAAUGGCGCUUCUCAGUUCUGGGUUUUCCAGUGUACUAUUUUAGCCACAUGAGUUAUACGCCCUACAAAGAAGAUAGAAAAUGCAUAUAUGCGCCAGCUGUACGCCAAGUGCAGACACGUUUGUCCCCUUGCUCAUGCGUCAGUAUUAUGUGAUUCUGAGGUUACUGUAAGCAUCAAAUAAUUCAAUACAAAUACGUCUUUACUCAAACAUUUUUAGCGCAUCUUCCUUUUUUUUUCUCUUAAGCUGUUAAUGAAGUCUCGAUGAAAGGAGUCUCAUGCAAUAAUCUAUACUUGCCCGGGCUAAAGGGAGCGUGACUCCGCUGGACUUCGAAAGGAUGAAGAAGCAGAAGCAGAGAAAGGCGACUCCUCGUCCGCUCUCGAAGCAAGUCACCAACGAACACCCUCCCCCGGACCCCCUGACCUUUGACCCCUUAGGCAGCCAGGGGGUCACGCGCCCAGCCCUCCCGGACGCAACACUUUAAGGGAAAAAAGACACUUUCUGUUUUCCACAUGCAGAGUGUAAAUUUACAUUCAUUUGUCGAUGUAAAUAAGCGUUUUAUAGUAUAAUUUUCUUGAACACGAACUUUGAUGGUUAUUGAGUGGCUCACAUCCGUUUUUGAAUUGAUUAUGUGUAAUGUAAUAUUAAUUAAGCAUCAUCACGGAGUCAUUUUUUAUUCAUUUAAUCAAUACUAUGUAUUGUAGAAAGUGUAAAAAAUAAUAUCAUAGGAGAAAAAAAAAAUAAUAUGGAUAUUGUGAACCGAUAACUUAAGUCCUUAUUACACAGACUUGGAAACAAUGAAUGUCAUAUCAUAUCAUAUUUUGUUUCCCAUUUUCUAGUGAAUUAAAUUAUGAACGAGAAAAUAACAAUAAAAGACAGUACCCCCAAAAAGCGCAUCCAAGCAAAACAUAUAGACUGGAAUAGUGUACUGAAACUUCUGCGCAAUAUGUAGUUUAAAACUUCUCUUUACAAUCAUAGGUUUACAAAGGUAGAUAUUUCUUGAUUACUCCACCUCCUCGAGGCGAACCGUAGAUGUAGAUAUGUUCGUAUUCAACUCAGUAUUCUAUAACUAAUAGGUUUAAACUGCCUAUUUAUUAUAAUUUAUUUUCCUCACACACACUGCAUGUAUCGCAAUGCAGGUACUAUAAUCAAAUAAUCGCCGAUUCAAUUAAAAAAAACAGAAACGAGGAGCUGGGUGUACGGUAGUUUAAAAGAAAAUUCUAGAAAAUAAAAAAACAAAUGCGUCGGCGACCGCUUUCGGCUCCGACGGCAUGGUUGGGGUCCCGAGGAGCAGCGCCUUGCGACAGGGCCGGGUCCGCCCCCGACUCGGCCUCUGCGUCUCCUUUCCUCCUCCUUAGCCGAGUCCUCCUCCCAGCAUCCUCCUUCGUCCCAGCGUCCCUUUAUCCCUGCUCCCCCUCCACCCCCUUCCUGCUGACGGCGACGCCUGCUUUCUACAGCAGGAGAGAACCCGUAGCAUCUCCUGCGGGGCGCUAGGUAUAUAGCAUCAUCAAAAACGAUACAAAUUUUUGUGGUUAUCUUACCCCCCCCCCCCUUUUGCAAGGAGUGCCAUGUGCGUGCGAGCGAGCGAGCGCGUGCGUGCGUGCCUGCGAGUGCGUGCGGUGCGAUUGCUCAAGUGCGAUUCCUCCUCAGACAGGAUUCACACCCGAGGAAGUCGCACUCAGGUCGACACACGAAGUGACUCUCGGUGUGGUCGUUGGACGUCUUCUCAUUUCCGGUCUUGUUUGUUUGCUAGUUUCCUUAGAAGCAGAGACAGAAGAGAGGCAGAGAGAGAAAGAACGAGAGAAAGAGCGCGAGCGAACGAGCGAGAGAGCGAGCGAGAGAGCGUGCGAUAGAGAGCUCCCCUUCCCCAGCAGCAGCAGCUUCAGCAGCAGCAGCAGCAUCCCCAGCACGAGCCACAGGGAGCAGAGCGCCUCUCCGGGGACCUCAACCAGCGAGGACGCCGCCGCCGGACGUUAGACGCGAUGGAGGGCGGGGUAAUGCAAUCAUGUAGUCACAAGUCGUAGCCCCAAGUUCCGUUGUUGACGGUAGUAGUUACGAGAACACCACCACCACCAUUGAUAAUAUUUUCAUUCAUCCGAUUUUUAAUUUUUUAUGUGUAUGUGAGCGUUGGUUUUCACGCGUCACGUGUACAUGAUAAUAUACAUAUAUAUAAAUAUAUAUAUAUAUAUAUAAAAGAUAUACAUCUACAUAUUUAUACAUUUCUAGAUCAUGUCUGAGUUCCAGUCAAAUUCCCCCCCCCCCCCCCCCCGUAUUUUCUUUCUUGCGUAUUAAUCAUUCUGCGCUAUAAUUUGCCGCUGUAAAUACGGGUAUCUUGCUUCAUAAAUACAUUGUUUAUUUCAUAUACUUAACUAAGGGGUCGCUUUGAUGACUAUUCUUGUUGAUAGUUUAGUGAUCAAGUAACGUUGUUGUUAGGAAUUUGGACUUUUUUUUUUCUCAUUUUAUACCUAUCACAUAAAUAUGAACUCGCUUUCAUAAAAAUAAAAAUAAAUAAAUAAAUAAAACAAAAGACGAUAAUCAAGUAAGCUUAACUGCUUUACCGGUGGGAGAGGCUAGGACGGGCAAGGGGGGGAGGGGGCGACGCUCCCGAAACCCCGCCCGUCCGAGUCUGUGUCACCGACUGCC